AUGGAAGCCAUGAAGAUAUCAAAACUGUUCUAUGGUUUGGGGAUUUUUGCAUGUGUAGCUAUUUAUGUUGUUUAUAUAAAAUGGCAUUUGGACUCCAAACCAAUCUCCAGUACAACAGAAUGUGCUACUGAAAGUAGGAGACACAAACUAGACCAUCAGACAUUGACGACUGAUCACUCAGUGUUUUAUGGAAUUAUGUUUGAUGCUGGAAGCACUGGAACUAGAAUACAUAUUUUUAAAUUUACACAGAAAUCAAAAGAGACUCCCAGAUUAACCCAUGAAACAUUUAAAGCACUGAAGCCAGGACUCUCUGCUUAUGCUGAUGAUGUUGAUAAGAGUGCUCAGGGGAUACAAGAACUUCUAGAAGUUGCUAAGGAUGAGGUUCCUAUGGAGUUGUGGAAGUUUACUCCUUUGGUCCUUAAAGCAACAGCUGGUUUACGGCUGUUGCCAGGAGAUAAAGCUCAGAAGUUGCUGGAUAAGGUAAAAGAAAUUUUCCAGGCAUCUCCUUUCUUUGUAAGGGAUGACUGUGUCUCCAUAAUGAAUGGAACUGAUGAAGGAAUUUCGGCCUGGAUCACGAUCAACUUUUUAACAGGUAGCUUAAAUGCUCCAAGAAAAAGAAGUGUAGGAAUGCUGGAUUUAGGAGGUGGAUCAACACAAAUGACAUUUCUUCCAAUCACUGAGAUAACUCUCCGGACAUCACCAGCUGGCCAUAUCACUUCAUUUCAAAUGUUUAACAACACAUACAAACUGUAUUCAUACAGUUACCUGGGACUCGGGUUAAUGUCAGCAAGGCUUGCAAUUUUAGGCGGCAUUGAGGGACAAGCCUUAAAGGAAGGAGAGGAGCUAAUUAGUCCUUGUUUAUCACCCAGCUUCCAGUGUGAGUGGGAACAUGCUGAAAUAGUGUAUAGAAUUAAAGGGCAGAAGGCAGGUGAGCCUCUGUAUGAAUCCUGUGCUAACAAAGUAGCAGAACUGCUCUACAAGAAGGUGCAUAAAACAGAAGUAGUAAAGGAUUUGGAUUUUUAUGCUUUCUCCUAUUACUAUGACUGUGCAGCAGAGGUUGGCCUAAUAGAUAAGGAAAAAGGAGGUAGCCUAACAAUUAAUGACUUUGAAAUUGCAGCCAAGUACGUGUGUAAGACCAUGGAGGUGAAGCCGGGAGACAAUCCUUUCCUUUGCAUGGACCUCACCUAUAUCAGUUUGCUACUGCAAGAACUGGGCUUCCCAAAAAGCCAGGUGUUUCAGCUUGCCCAAAAAAUUGACAAUGUCGAAACAAGCUGGGCUUUGGGAGCCACCUUUCACUACCUUGAUUCACUUCACAGGCUGCAAUACUAA